AUGGCUGGCUUAUCGAUGCGGAACAUCACAUGCGAUUAUUACAUGGAACGGCCAAACGGUUUCAACAGACCAAAGUUGCAUGCAACUGCUGGCGCACGAGUACCAAUCAUACGUCAGAAAUGUUGUGUAAAUGUUCACGGUGUCUUUCCAUAUAUCAUUGUGCGUACAGGCACACAUUUUACGCCUGAAUUUGCAAGAACUUUACGUGCUCGAUUUGUCAGGAUCGUCAUGGAAAAUAACCGACGACAUCGAUUCAACCCGGAUUUCGCCAUCUACGAGAUACGACCACUGCUUGCGAAGUCGCUCUAUGGCUACCAUAAAAACAAUGAGAAUUUUGUACAAAUACUCUUUUAUAAUCCGUUUUAUCUAAAAAUAGCUGCGGAUUGUUUACAAAUGGAAGUGAGGAAGAAUGCCAUCUUUCAAGUGUAUGAAUCCCAUGUACCAUACAUCCUGCAGUUCUUCAUCGAUCACUCAAUCUUUGGCAUGGAUUUGGUUCAUUUUGAUACCGUCAAAUUCCGUGUCCAUCCGCAACGAAAUUUCAACGCAAUCUCACUUGUAUUUUGUAGUAUGGAGCUUCUUUCACCACUUCUACCAUCAAGCACUGUUGCGGUUGAAUGUGAUGUUUGGGCAACCGAUAUCAGUAAUGCGUUGCUACAUUCAGUUGCUGAAAUAUCACCAAAUCCAGGAUUAAAUUAUAUCUGGAAAGACGAGCAACGACGUUGCCAGAAAAAAGGAGAAGAACUGGUCUAUGAAUCAUCACAAGAAGAAAGGCCAGCUACAGUGAAUGAAAAAGAAUACGAUUAUUUGCGACGUCUGCGUACAUUUGCAAGAAGUAUCGAUCCUACUCUUUGCUCGGCCACACUGGAUUCCUCACCUGCUCCUGAUGACAGUAGCAGCGUUGUCCGUGAUGAUGCAUCCGACCACCGUCUUUUUGAAACAGCCGAUGCGAAUAUCUUCGACCGGCAACUGUUUUUGGAUGAUAUCAUAGAUGAAGAUUUCCUGGAUGAUAUUGAUGAUGAGAACGAGCAAGAAUGCCCGGAG